AUGGCAACACGAAGAAUCAUAUCCAGCACCAACGACCCCCUCGACAUCGACGCCUCGGGGACACCGCACGCCCCCGGCCCUUCGAACAUUGCGCCCGCAGUACCCUCCUCCGUCCUCUUCAAACUCCUCAGCUUCACCUUUGCCAUGGUCACUUUGCCUAUCGGGACCUACUUCUUCAUCACCAACUAUGUCCUCGUCGGGAACAACACCGUCGCAGGCGCUCUAGCAGCGGUGAUGGCAAAUGUGGUGCUGAUUGCGUAUGUCGUGAUGGCGUACCAGGACGACCAGGCGGAGCAGGAGGAGGCGGCGGAGAAAGAAAAGAAAGCUAUCUGA